AUGGGCCUCCUUUCUAUGCAGCAUCCUCCCCACCAGCAACAGCAAGGUCCUUCGCCUACGCAGCAUUUGCAUCACUCCCGGCCGCCUAGCAUUGUUCACCAGCAGCAUCCCAGCCAAGCUCACCAACAACAGCAAUCCAGUCACCACAGUGCCUAUCACCCGCCAUCGCAAUCCCUUCCUUCUGCGUAUCAGCAGGGAAAUCAAACUGGAAGCACGCAGGACAAUCUCAACUAUUACAACCACCCCAGUCCGUACAGCACACCUGGUGCGACGAGCGGAUAUACUUCCGCCGACACUUCCGACAUGAUGGCCGCAGCGCAGAUGCCCCGACCGCCCUACCCCCCCAUGUCCUAUCACACGCCGCAGUCCAACUCUCCUGCUUCUGUCGCAUCUCCUUCUCAGCAUGACCAGCACCGAAGCCUCUAUGGACAAGCGCCUUCCCAACACUUGUCUCAAUCUAUGUACUACCAACCGCAGCCGCCGUAUCAGCCGAUGCCUUCUCAGACCGGACACUCUCCGUAUGGCCACCAUGCCCACCAUCCGCAACAACCGAUGACUUCGCAAGCCAACUUGAUGAUGUCUCACACGACUGCGCCGAACCAAAUGCAACAGCAUGCCCCUCAGCAUACACAACCUGGCAUGACCAGCAGCCCCCGGCCGAAGAUCGAGCCUCAGGUCCCCCUGCAGAUGCAGAAGCAAGCUCAGGGAUCUCCAAUGCCCCAAGCAAAUCACCAGCAACAACCACCUCAGAUGCAGAGCCCCGGUAACCAUAGUACGGCCGUUAACCCUAAUGCCGCUCCUGGUCCGAUCCCCGCCACGACGCCACUUGUUGUGAGGCAAGAUGGCAACGGUGUUCAAUGGAUUGCGUUUGAGUACUCGCGCGAUCGAGUCAAAAUGGAAUACACCAUUCGCUGUGAUGUUGAAUCCGUGAACACAGAUGAGUUGUCGGCCGACUUCAAACAGGAAAACUGUGUUUACCCUCGCGCCUGUUGCCCCAAGGACCAGUAUCGUGGCAACCGCCUGAUGUAUGAGACGGACUGCAACCGCGUUGGCUGGGCUCUUGCCCAGCUUAAUGCUCCGCUCCGUGGCAAGCGAGGUCUGAUUCAGAGGGCCGUUGAUAGCUGGCGCAACAGCAACCAAGAUCCCCGUCUACGAAGCCGCCGAGUCCGCAGGAUGGCGAAGAUGAACAAUCGCAAACAGUCCCAAGGUCCUGCUCACCCGCCCGCUGCCCAUAUGCCUGGCCACGGGCCACCUCCAGGUUUGGCGAAUGGACCUAGCUCCAUGGUGCCCAGUCCUACACCGACGAUGGAAAGCAAACCUAGCUUGGCGAGCAUGGGUCAACCGAUGCAUCACCAUCAUGCAGGUGGUCAUCCUGCGGCCGCCACUGGAGGAGGAGAUGAAGUCGCGGAUAGCAACUCGCAUCAAAGUGAUCUGCCAUACCCAAGCAAUGGCCAAAGCACCACGAACACACAAGACGUACGGACUGCCCACGUAUUCACGGGAUAUGGUGGCCAUAACUACCCCUCGGCCACACCGGCAGGUGCGGUAUCUUCGCAUACGCCUCACACCGGGUCCGCGGUACCCGCAAAGCAACGAAGCCGUGCUUCUGGCGAUGACCAGGAUGGUCUUUUUCCCGACCUGCCGGAGGCGAGGAAGCGCAAAUUCGUCCUUGUAGAGGACAGCAGACGCGGCUCUCGCCUCCGAGUGCGCGUGACCCUUGACGGCGUGGAUACCAACGAAAUCCCGGAUAGCUUCCGAACACGUGCCAGCGUCUACCCGCGUAGCUUCUUCCCUCGAGAGAUGCAAAAUCCGCCACCCAAUGCCCUUGGAGCACAUUUCUUCUCAGAUGAUGCGUCUGACGAUGGUAUUCAGGAUACCGACGGGCGCGAUGUCAGCAGACGCGGCUCGAAGCUCGCCUCGUCGACCUCCGUCAGGGUACCACUGCCGGACAGUCAGGACGGUGAGGUUAUGAUUCCCAGGAUGAGAAGGUCAAGGCGCGCAAGGGAGUUGAAGCUCAACGACAUGGGUCACCGUAUGGCCUGGCUCCAGAGCAGGGUUUUCUCGGGCAGAAAUUUAUUUUUGCAACGCGCCUUGGACUGCUACCGGACCAAAACCUGCGCUGCUAUCGAAGGCAACAUGCAAGACGUCCGAGCUAGUGCUGCACACUUUGAACUGCGGACAGGCAAGCGCAGAUGGGUUGAUCGUAGUCGCCAUGGCACCGACAGAUCAGCAAAUUAG